UAGUGAAAGAGGGCGGGUCGCACUCUAGCAGCGACCGUCUCCUGGGCGGCGUGUGUGUGUCGCGAGGCUCAAGCGCAGUGUUAGCACUGCUAGCGCGAGGCUCCAUUCACUUCAUUGAGAGUUAGCCGUUAGCUCGUUCUUAGAUUGAGUGAACAUGGCGGCGGUGCGCAGCCUGCGGGUGUCUGUGAAGUCCGAAAGCGCGUCCGAUCGGUCAGAGUCAGACUCCGAAUCAGACUCGGAUCGAGAUGCCCGGGAAGCGGAGCCCAUGGAGGUGGAGGAGGGAGAGCUGGAGUCCAUACCUGUUCGCCGAAGUUUAAAGGAGCUGUUGCCGGACACCAGCCGACGCUAUGAAAAUAAGGCUGGCACCUUUAUCACUGGAAUCGAUGUCACGUCUAAGGAGGCCAUUGAGAAGAAGGAGAAGCGAGCGAGAAGAUUUCAUUUUAGUGCAGAGGAAAAUCUGGCCCAGAAGAACGUUGUUCUGGACCGGGAUUUGUUGAAGAAAGCAAUCCCAAAGGUGCGUCUGGAAGCCCUACACAUGAGUGGAGUUGAUGACAUGAGCACUCAGGAUGUUUUUGGCUACUUUAAAGAGUAUCCACCUGCCCACAUCGAGUGGAUAGAUGACGCUUCCUGCAACGUGGUGUGGCUAGACGACAUCACUUCAACCAGAGCUCUCAUUAACUUGAGUCGGAUGCCAGACAAAGAAGAGGUCACAAACACAGACUGCUUGAAACCCUCUGAACUUCCUGUCCAGCCGCAGAAAGCUCGGCGAAGCCGUGGCUCUGAUGAUGAUGAUGAGGAGGAGGAGGAUGAGGAGGAAGGCGAGGUAGAUGAUGACGACGAAGAUGAGGUGGUGAAAGUGGAUAAGAGCAGGAGCAGUGAUGGCAGUGAGGGUAAAGCUAGCGACAUUGAGGAAGAGACGGAAAAGAAAACGCCGGACACUGCAGAGACAAGCCUCCUGUCACAAGCAGAGCGAGAAUCUCUCCUCCGUAAUGAUCUGCGGCCUACAACCAAGCCCUUCAAAGGCAACAAGCUGUUCUUGCGCUUUGCCACCCAAGAUGACAAAAAGGAGUUGGGUGCGGCCAGGAGAAGUCGGUACUACAUGAAAUAUGGGAAUCCAAACUAUGGUGGCAUGAAAGGCAUUCUAAGUAACUCUUGGAAACGGAGGUAUCACACACGGAGAAUCCAGCGUGACAUUCUAAAGACCAAAAAGCCUCUGAUUGGAGACAGUAUGGGACACACCCCACCUUACACUCAUCGACACUCUGCUGACCUGGUGAAUCUGCCAGAAGAGCCUAUAGAGGAAGAGGAAGAAGAGGAGGAGGAUGGAGAAGAAGACAUGGAUGCUGAUGAUAGAGUGGUGGAGUACCGAGAUCGGGGAGACAGGGAACGGGGGCCACGGCUUGGGGAAGGAGGUCUGCGUAAUCGCUUAGAAAGCCCGUCGCCCGCAUCUUCAGAUUCAGAUGAGAUGGACUACGAUCUGGAACUGAAAAUGAUCUCAACGCCUUCUCCUAAAAAGAGCAUGAAGAUGACCAUGUAUGCCGACGAGGUAGAAACCAACCUUCGCAGUCUCCGGAACUCCAUACGGACCGAAACAAGUAGCAGUGUUAAGAGUCGCAUUGGUGGUGGUGGUGGUGGUGGUGGUGGUGGUGGAGGAGGAGGCGGCGGCGGAGGAGGAGGAGGAGGAGGAGGAGGCUCGUCCAAAUCUACAUCAGACAAAGUGACUGAUGUGAGGCAGUUACUGGAGGAGAAGAGGCAGGGAAUCUCUCAACCGAGAUCACGCCCCCCAGUGGCUACAACCGGCAAGACUGAUGUGAGACAGAGAUUAGGCAAGAGACCACACUCUCCGGAGAGACGUCGCUCCGUCUCUCCCGUCAUCUCUAGAAACGCAGUAUCUCGCAGAGAGCCUUUGACUGACGUGCGCAGCCGACUCGGUGUAGCUAAACACGACAGCCGUAGCCUGUUCCCAGAGUCCUCGAAAGACAAGAAAACAGGGGGCUUGUGGAGUCGUCUCGGCCCAUCUCACAAGGACAGCGGAGACGACGACAAGGCUUCUUCCCGAGCGUCUUCCUCAAGAGGAAUAAGGCGACGAGAUGACGAGGAAUCUGACGGAGUUGAAGAUGAAGAGGAUGACUCUCAGCUGCAGAAGGUGUGGGGAGCAAUGAUCAAGCAAAAGGAGCAGCAGUCCAACAAGAUGAAGAAAAGCCGGCUGGACAACCUGCCCUCGCUGCAGAUCGAGAUCAGUCGAGACAGCAGCAACGGCUCAGACAGUGACUCCUGACUGACUCCUACUGUAGGAAGUGUGGGAAUCGGAGAAAUGGUGAAUGCUGUGGAAGAGAGCUGGAGAACAUCUCUAAUAGACUGGGCCAAGAGACCCUAAACAUUCCCACACUCCCACCUCUUGCCUGUCUAAAGACUUUGCAGAUGUUCUCUUUUGUCCUCUCUUCAGGAACUGAAUUUGAGGGUGCUAUUUGGAAUGAGAGGGCAGAUUUUUUUUUUUUUUUUUUUUUUUUUUUUUUUUUGUCAUUUCAGAGAAAGGGCAGUGGAUGAGUCCUACAUGUUUUUUUGUUUUUCUUCAAAAGAAAAUUGAUGGAUUGUAUUUAACACACAUUAAGGGGCCCAUUUUAAAUAUACAGAGAUGCACCAUGUGUUCAAACACUUGCUUGGAAGCAAUGUUAUCGGAUAUGUAUUAGCAAUACAUUUUCUUAAUUUUGUCAGUGGUUGGUUUAUGUUCAUGUUAGAUUAUUAAGAUUGAAAUAUCACUGUGGAUUUGAUGUCGAGAACAUAAGGCUGGUCUGUUUCUUCCCCCCUCAUCUGGUGCAAGCAUUAUGGAUCAGUGCUUCAUUGUAUACACAGUCCUAUGAUAGGGACAAAUAAUGUAGCCAAUGUAAUGAUAAUUUUUCCCAAAGGAAUGGCCUACAUUCCCUAAAUAUAUGUGGUCAGUGAAACAUACAAGAAUACGCAUUGUGUGUUGAAUAAAAGUCAUUUGUUUUUUACAUUG